GUCAGUCAAUAGAUUGCCGUCGUGCUAGUCUGUUCGAGUGUUGUUGACUGCGACUCAGAUUACGGCAGUAUUCGUUUUAAUUCUAAAUGAAUACCCAUCAACGGUCGCGCUACUGUGUAAUUGGCGCCGGCGUUGCCGGAGUCAGUGCCGGCAAGUGUGUCCUGCAAGCCGGUGGGGAUGUGGUGAUUUUUGAGCAAACCGCCCAGCUCGGUGGUACCUGGGUUUACACCGAUGCCACCGGCAAGGACAGCAAUGGACUGCCGAUCCACAGCAGUAUGUACGAGGGGUUGUGGACAAACCUGCCUAAGGAGAUUAUGGGAUUUCCAGAUUAUGAGAUGCCACAGCAACGGCGGUCUUACAUACACUCUAGUGAGGUUCUAAAAUUCAUACAAAAUUAUGCAAAUCAUUUCGAAGUAGAUAAGCACAUACGGUUCGAGCAUUCGGUCGAGGAGGUGAAACUAACGAACACAAAUAAGUGGGAAGUUCGAGUCAAAGAUUUAGCUCGAGAUGAAACGGAAACAAUGAUCUUCGAUUUUGUAUUGGUUUGCAAUGGUCAUUAUUUUAAUCCUGCGACACCGGAAGUUGAAGGGCGGAAGCGCUUCAAAGGCAUUCAACUACACAGUCACGAAUAUCGUAAACCAGAGCUGUUCAAAAACCGCAAUGUCCUUAUCAUUGGAUCCGGUCCCAGCGGGAAAGAUCUGGUUUUCGCUGCAGCUGCUCACGCUAACACGGUUUAUUUUAGUCACCACGUACCAGAUAAGCUAAAGGAUAUGCUGUUUCCUUCAAACGUGAUACAAGCACCGGAUGUAACUCGGCUUCACGAGUCCCAGGUUGAGUUUAAGGACGGAUCCUGUCACCCGGUCGAUCUAAUCUUAUACUGCACAGGUUAUCGCUACAACUUUCCAUUCUUGCACGAAUCAUGUGGCAUCGAAGUCGAUAGCAACUGGGUUAAACCACUGUACAAACAAGUGCUGAAUAUCAAUCAUCCCACAAUGGCAUUCAUCGGCAUUCCAUACUACGUCUGUACUACGCUAAUGUUUGACCUACAGUCGCGCUUCGUUAUGGAAUACUAUUCCGGCAGAAGGGAGCUUCCAUCCCGGCUGGAGAUGCAGGCCGAUCACGAUGCCGAAAUGGCAGGUCGAUGGGCCCGUGGUUUGCAUAAACGUCAGGCGCACAUGUUGGGUGGCGUUAGUCAGGCCGAGUAUUACGACGAUCUGGCCGCAACGGCAGGUAUUGAACCGAUUCCACCGGUAAUGACCAAGAUGCACAUCGCGAGCAAUCGACGGAAGAACGAAGAUCUGAGCAACUAUCGGAACGAUGUGUUUCGAGUGCUGGAUGCGGAGAGUUUCGAGAUUGUCUACGAUGAACAGCUGGCCGGUCGCGGGAAGUGAUAUUUGUUAUGUUAUUACGUGUUAGUAACGAACAUGUCUUUUGUUGAAAAUUGAAAUUGAUGUAUUCAGUUCUUUUAUGUUGAUUUGAUAAUGCAAUAUAUUAAGA